AUGUCAAUAUGCGGCUUGGUGCGGCGCUGGGAAACGGAACCACAGGAAAGAUGUAAACCAAGCAACCAGCGAAGACCAGUAAACGAAGACACUAAACGUAACCCCCAGGGACGCCGCAACUUAGGUCCGAUAAACGGAACCACGCCGACGGGCAGCUCGUUGAGUCGCUAUCCCCGAAGCAGCGAGCGUCUGCCUGAAGCAGCCAUCUUUUGUGAGAGAAUGUACGGGGCGACACGGCGGGCCUGCUCGGGCUCCGGCCGGGGCCGUAGCCUGCUGAUGCUUACAACCGCGCUCCUGCUUUCGGUUCUCGGGCUGCUCUCCGGGCUGCCUGGCCUCACCGACGCGAAGGAAUGCGACAAAACGUGUAUGAACGGGCAGUGCAACACGGCGACGGGCAACUGUGUGUGCUUCCCCGGCUGGGUUGGGGACCAAUGCCAGCACUGCGGAGGGCGAUUCAGGUUGACGGGGCCCUCUGGUCACCUGACUGAUGGUCCAGGAAACUAUAAGUACAAGACCAAAUGCACCUGGCUGAUCGAGGGACAGCCCAACACCAUACUCCGAUUACGGUUCAACCAUUUCGCCACUGAAUGCAGCUGGGACCACCUUUAUGUGUACGAUGGAGACUCCAUCUACGCCCCCCUCCUCGCUGCUUUCAGUGGUCUGAUCGUUCCUGAGCGUUAUGGAAAUGAAACGGUUCCUGAGGUGGUGUCUCAGUCCGGCUACGCCCUGCUGCACUUCUUCAGUGAUGCUGCCUACAACCUGACUGGCUUCAACAUCUCCUACAGGGUGAAUACAUGUCCCAACAACUGCUCCGGCCGCGGGGAGUGCCGCACGGGGAACUCCACUGGUUCGGUGUACUGCGAUUGUGAGGCCGGCUGGAAGGGGGAAGCCUGUGACGUCCCUUACUGCCUGGCUGACUGUGGCAGCCCCGACAGAGGUCGCUGCCAGGGCAAGACGUGCGUCUGCAAGACCGGAUGGCAAGGUCCAGACUGCUCCAUCUCAGUGCCUGCCAACUCCUCUUUCUGGAGCCGGGAGGAGUAUGCCGAGGCCGGGCUGGCCAGGGCUUCCCAUAAGGCCGUGGUGGACCAGGGCGUCAUGUGGGUCAUCGGAGGCUACGUCUUCAACGCCUCCGACUAUCACAUGGUCAAAGCGUAUAACCUCAGCAGCAAGAGCUGGCUGACCCUUGACCCCUCCGUCAACACUGUCACGCCACGAUAUGGCCACUCACUGGCUCUGCAUGAGGGGAAGAUCUACAUGUACGGAGGAAAGAUCGACUCCACCGGUAAUGUGUCCAGUCAGCUGUGGGUUUUCCACAUCCAGAACCAGACCUGGGUGCUCCUGAGCCCGCGGGCCAAGGACCAGUACGCCGUGGUGGGACACUCGGCCCACAUCGUCCCGCCUGUCCAGGAGGGGGCCGGUCCCAUAAUGCUGGUCCUGUUUGGGCACUGUCCUCUGUACGGUUACAUCAGCCAGGUGCAGGAGUACAACAUCGCCAAGAACACAUGGAACAUGGUGUCCACAGAGGGGGCGCUGGUCCAGGGCGGCUACGGCCACAGCAGCGUGUUCGACCCCGGCACCAGAGCCAUCUACAUCCACGGAGGCUACAAGGCCUUCAGUGCCAACAAGUACGGCCUGGCUGGAGACCUGUACAAGUUGGACGUGGACAAGAGGAAAUGGACCGUUCUGAGAGACAGCGGCUUCUUCCGUUACCUCCACACAGCAGUGAUAGUGAGCGGGACGAUGCUGGUGUUCGGAGGAAACACGCACAACGACACAUCCAUGAGCCACGGUGCCAAGUGCUUCUCCUCCGACUUCCUGGCCUACAGUCUGGCGUGUGACGAGUGGACAGUGCUGCCUCGACCGGACCUCUACCACGACGUGAACCGCUUCGGACACUCGGCGGUCUUCAGUGACAGCGUGAUGUACGUGUUCGGCGGCUUCAACAGCCUGCUGCUCAGCGACGUCCUCAUGUACACCUCGCCCAGCUGCUCGGCCUUCUCCAGCCCGGCGUCCUGCGGCCAGGCCUGGCCGGGGAUCCAGUGCGUCUGGAACAGCACCCAGGGGACCUGCCUGCCCUGGGAGAGCAGCGCCGCGGGAAUCGAGCAGCAGCAGCUGCCGGCGUCCUGUAGCACGCGAUCGUAUGCUGAUAACGAGAGGUGUGACCAGUACACUGACUGCUACAGCUGCACUGCAAACACCAACGGCUGCCAGUGGUGUUCAGUCCAGUGUGUGUCUCUGGGAAGCAACUGCACCUCUGCGUCGGGGGCCAUUGGGGAGUAUGAAGUUUGCCCCAAGGACAACCCCUCGUACGUGUGCAACAAGAAAACCAGCUGCAAGAGCUGCGCUGUGGACCAGAACUGUCAAUGGGAGCUCCGGAACCAGGAGUGCAUCUCACUGCCAGAAAACGUGUGCGGUGAAAGUUGGCAUCUGGUGGGCAACUCCUGUCUGAAGUUCAUCACGGCAAAGGACUCGUACGACAACGCCAAGCUGGCCUGCCGGAGCCACAACGCCGUCCUGGCCUCGCUGACCACGCAGAAGAAGGUGGACUUUGUCCUGAAGGAGCUGCAGAUCAUGAGCGUGGUGUACAAAGCCACAGUGACACCCUGGGUGGGGCUCAGGAAAAUCAACGUGUCGUACUGGUGCUGGGAGGACAUGUCGCCCUUCACCAACACCACCCUGCAGUGGCUGCCCGGCGAGCCGAGCGACGCUGGCUUCUGCGGCUACCUGGCCGAGCCGGCGUCCAGCGGGCUGAAAGCGCAGACCUGCAUCAACCCGGUGAACGGCAGCCUGUGUGAGCGGCCAGCCAACCACAGUGCCAAGCAGUGUCGGACGCCGUGCGCCCUGAGGACCACCUGCAGCGAGUGCACCAGCAGCAGCUCGGAGUGCAUGUGGUGCAGCAACAUGAAGCAGUGCGUUGACUCCAACGCCUACGUGGCCUCCUUCCCCUUCGGACAGUGCAUGGAGUGGUACACCAUGAACAGCUGUCCACCGGAGAACUGCUCUGGGUACAGAACAUGUGGCCAGUGUCUGGACCAGCCGGGCUGCGGUUGGUGCACAGACCCCAGUAACACGGGCAAAGGUCAGUGCAUCGAGGGCUCCUAUCGCGGACCUUUCCAGACCUCCGUCCCGGCCCCGUCUACCCUCCCUGGCCUGCCCGCCAACCCCCAGCCGGCCCUCAAUGCCAGCAUGUGCCCCGGCGAGGCCAAAUACAACUGGUCCUUCAUCCACUGCCCAGCUUGUCAGUGUAACGGCCACAGCCAGUGUGUCAACGAGAGCGUGUGCGAGAAGUGCGAGGACCUGACGACCGGCCGGCACUGCGAGAGCUGCAUCUCCGGCUUCUACGGAGAUCCGACCAACGGGGGCAGCUGCCAGCCCUGCAAGUGUAACGGCCACGCCAGCAUGUGCAACCCCAACAACGGCAAGUGCUUCUGCACCACUAAAGGCAUCAAAGGAGACCGCUGCCACCUGUGUGAAGUCGAGAACCGUUACCAAGGCAACCCCCUCAAAGGCACAUGCUACUACACGCUCCUCAUCGACUACCAGUUCACCUUCAGCCUGUCGCAGGAGGACGACCGCUACUACACCGCCAUCAACUUCGUGGCCACACCUGAGGAGCCAAACCGAGACCUAGACAUGUUCAUAAAUGCCUCAAAGAACUUCAACCUGAACAUCACCUGGGCCACCAGCUUCACCGCGGGCACCCAGACCGGGGAGGAGAUCCCCAUCGUCUCCCGUAGCAACAUCAAGGAGUUCAAGGACAGCUUCUCCAACGAGAACUUCGACUUUCGCAACAGCCCGAACAUCACGUUCUUUGUCUACGUCAGCAACUUCACAUGGCCCAUCAAGAUCCAAAUCGCCUUCUCCCAGCACAGUAACUUCAUGGACCUGGUGCAGUUCUUUGUCACGUUCUUCAGCUGCUUCCUGUCCCUGCUGCUGGUGGCCGCCGUGGUUUGGAAGAUCAAGCAAAGCUGCUGGGCGUCGCGGCGACGAGAGCAACUGCUCAGAGAGAUGCAGCAGAUGGCCAGCCGGCCUUUCGCCACCAUCAACGUCGCCUUGGAGACGGACGAGGAGCCGCCUGACCUGAUAGGAGGAAACGUCAAGUCCGUCCCAAAACCCAUCGCCCUCGAGCCUUGCUUUGGCAACAAAGCCGCCGUGCUCUCCAUCUUUGUGCGGUUACCCAGAGGCACCGGCGGCAUCCCUCCUCCAGGACAGUCUGGUCUGGCAGUGGCCAGUGCGCUGGUGGACGUCUCUCAGCAGAUGUGCGUGGGCUACAAGGAGAAGUCCGGAGGCCUGAGGAACCGCAAACAGCAGCCCACCGCACAGCCAUCCACCUGUAUCUGACCACGCCCCCCGUCCCCCUCUACCACCCCACCACCCGACCACCCGGUUCUCUCCCAUCAACCCCCGCCUCGGCCCCCUCCUUCACAGACUUCCGCCAGCUCCGCUCUGGCAGGGAGAGGUGCAUGCUGGGACGCAGAACUGGAACAUUUCGGCGCGGGGGCCGAGUCGUCCGGCGGUCUGGAGCUUCCCCUCCCUCUCCUCCUACGGGAACUGUGGGUCCCCACGAACUGACGGACAGAAACUGGACUCAAGGGGGGGGAGCGAGGGAGGGAGGGAGGGACAGAGCGGGUGCUGACUUCACCCUUUCCCCUCAAAAAACAUUUUACAUUUGUCGACACCGCCUCGUUAGAGUCGAGGCGGCCACGGCUUGCUGCUAGAAGAGAUCCUCGUCUCGUAGUUUUUGAAAAAUCCAGAGACUUUGCAACCCCCUAUAUCCUCGUUUUCCUUAAGUUAUUGUUGUUCUUUGUUUUGUAUUGUUUUAUUUUGAAGGCAGGAACAAACUGGACAUGUUCAGCUGCGCGUGCACACACACACAAAAAACACACACACACAAAAAAAACACACACUUCCAAGAACCAACUUUCCGGGCCCUUGUACUCAUUUGUAGCCCUUUGUCGCCUGCUGUCGUGUUCGCAGCUCAGCGCUGAGGGCCGGAGUCGCCGGAGUCCUUUACGGUCCAGCCUCGGAGCAAGCUAACAGCAUGUUCAGUCUUCCUUUAAUGAGGAUCCGCUGUAGGGGGCUGGCCGUGCAGCCGAAGCCCAUCGAAAGAGUCUGUGACAUUUCUAAUCGGCUGUCCUCUGCCGCCGUCUUCUCUGUCGCCGGUCUGGAGCGUCGUCUCCGCCCGUCUCCCCCCUGUCUCGGUGGCCAUCUGGCCGCCGAGCCGAACGCCUUCCCAGCCUCUCUGGCUGCGUGACCACGGCGACAUCCCAUCCACGCUGGCUGGCCGGACCGUAAGCCAGCGCCGGUUGAAACUUUUCCAGCUAAUUACUCCUCCAGUCGCAGUGAAAGCCAGCGGCUGCUCACACCCACAGCAGAGCAGCUGGUGGCGAGAAAACCCUCCAGUGCUUAACGAUUGUCCCUUUGGCAGGGCUGCGCCUCGAGCUCAUGUGAAACAGGCUUCCUAUAGAUCGCCUGACUCCGAUCGACUGAAGUGAUUAGGCUGAUGUGUGUGAGGGGAGCAGCAUCCUCUGUGAUCGUUGCCUCAGAAAUCCAUGGCCUCUAAUUGCCGCUCGUCCCCAAAUGUAAACCCCCCGGCGUUCGAUGGUGAUUGUUCCGUGUCCCCGAGCUAUCUACAGCUGCUCUGUUAGCCCCGGCAGCUGUGACGUCCGUGCUCGUAUUGAUACCACAGCGGAGGCGCUAACAUUUAAACGGUACCGGGCCGACGGCUCCGAACAUGAAGCACACACGAGCAGCCGCAAUGCAAGAGUCCGCGUCUCUUCCCUUAUUUGAACCUUUUGUCAAAUGGGACUUUUGAAUUGACUGCAUCUCACGGAAGACUUUGAGUAUUGAUUUGAAAAAAAGACGAAAAAAAACCCAUUCAUUGCUUUUUCUUAAAAUUGCCUCUUGAAAUUAUCUUGUUGCCUGGUCUCUUGGGCUUACUCCGCUUUUGUGCUCCGUGCGCGAGGUUUGCUCUAAGCCGAUCCUUUAUUUCUCCUUCCUUUUAUAUCUGCUCUACCUGCUCUCUCCACUGUCCUUAUCUGAAAUCGCCGGGCCAUUUUUAAAAGAAACAUUGCUUCUUUUUGUCGACCGGGGGAAAAUGAGGGAAACCGCAGAAUGAAAAACACAAGGCAAACAGAAGACACUAGAAAAGAAAGAAAACUCUGGCUGCUCGAUUGCCACCCCGAGGCCAUCAGGGUGGCAGAUCUUUGUUUCUUUUCUUCUUCAGUCUGAAUAUCAGAGCAGGCUUAGUCCACGUUGGUCGUCUUUGCAGAGCAUACGUUGCAAACACCUGCAGCUCUUCGACUGAAGGCCGAGGCGCUCGCACACACACACGCCUCUCAGAGUGAUUAACUUCCCCGCCCCCUGAGCGAUACAGUAAUAGAACAAUUUAAUAACUCACAUUUUGCCCUAAAGAAGGCGUCGUAUUUAGUUCCAGGCUCUCACAUGUGGUCAGCGCUCUAGAACUGCUCAGUGUCUGGUUAAAGGGCACACUUUUAGCACUGGGAAAAGGUCAGAGCAGAAAGCAUGAACAAAGUUGACAUUCUGUAAUUAUAGAGAGCUGGAUGUGCUCACAACUCCACUCACUGACCCCAGCGAGCGUCACGCCAUUAAGGAGUCAGCUCUGUUCGUACUCGCACUGAGGAAUCCAAGCAUUCUGCUUUUACUCUCUGCUGCGGCGACCGUUUUCAGCCAUCGCGCCCGCUUUAGGUUUUGAUGUUCAUUCUGUCGCUUCUGCAGAGGCUCGGCGGUGCAAAAUGACCGUCAGUCAUCGGCUGAACGUGACAAAAUAUGCCGGUCGGCGGGUUUGUGCGACUGAUUACAAACUUCACGAAAAGCCUCCAUGUGAGCUGCAUAAAACUUUAAAUCCAACACUGUUUGAGUCCAUCUGAAAGCAGAGCGAGGAGCUUCGUCGUCUCUGCUUCUUCUCAGGUUUGCAGAAGCUUUUUUGACUUUAUGUUUGUCUACACUACUAAACAUAUGGAGGUGCUAUUCAAUUAUGGGGAAAGGGCUGAUGAUCGAAGGGAAAUUUAGGCAACAAAUGUUCUUCAGCCUCGGGCAGAAAUGGUUCCACUUCCACGGACUUCAGUCUAAUUCAGUUUCUGGUUUUUACAAACAUCUUUUUUAAAAAUAGUUUAAACCGACGGCGCUUCAUUGCCGAGACGCUCAUGUUUAGUGAACACUCACCUCCAAGCAGCUUGAAACAAAAGCAACAGAUAACACUCAUUUAUGACCCCGAGCGGAUGGAGGCGAGAUGUGACCUGCAAAGUCACGUGACCCAUCAUCAAACGGGCGACGUGCACACUGCAGCAUCAGCAGCAGCUCUGAGAUCAGACGGCAUGUCGUCUGUUUGAUUUUCAGCGGGUGAAAUGUCUGAUUCCACGACGCUUACACUACCUGUUCAUGAAAAUCACUUUAUUUCAUUCUCCAGUGACAAUAUUCAGUCACCAAACGUACAAACGUGGUGUUCUUCAGCUGCAAACUUUAUUUUGUUUCCCACGAAGCAUUUCUUCAUACAUGAUUCUGUUCUGCAGCUGAUUCAAAUGUACUGUGUUAAUAAUUUCACAAAGGAUGAAGAUUGUGGCUUUUUUUUUAUUUUUCUUUUGUAAAUGAAUGUAAAAUGAAAAACCACCUGCGCAGCCACGGCGAGUCUGUGACCUGGAGCUCGCUGAGGGCGCUCUGUGAGUCCCAGCAGCCUGCUGUCAUUGGUUCGUCUCUGGCCCGGGGUGACAGGGCGGGUCACUGGUUCACACGGACGCCGCGGUACCUGAAAGGUCACAGGUCAGACCGUGCAGGAGCUGGUUUGUCUUGUUGGAGACGUAUUGAGAAAGACACUGGAUUUGUAGAUCUAAGGUCUGCGGCCUGCCCAGAACCUUACCGGACCGGUGAGACGAGCAGAUCCUGGGUCUGAUAGCAUCUACGAACUCAUCUUAGAGGUUUGUUUUUUACCUCUACCAUCUGAUUCAUUCAGCGCCUCUUUGACAAACUGUUUAUUUUGUCGCCCUGUGUGGCCAGUCUGACCCAUUUAGAACUGCAAGACUGGCAGAGUGCUGAAACUCUAUUAUCUGUAAAUGCUAUUUGACCCAGAUCUGUUGUCAGCAGCUUCACACUGGGUUCCUACACAGGUCUGCAGAGUCUCGAGGCUUCAAACGUGAUUAGGAAUAUUCAAAAGGAAAAAAGGUCAUUUGAGACAUUUCCCCUCUGCUCCACCCACACAGGAGGAUUUAUUUUUGGCUGAUCAGACGUCUUUGCAGGCGUGUGGGCGUCUGCAGAUGGAGCUUGAUUGACGUCUCCCUCUGUCCUCUUGCAUUUGUCACACCUGGGCUAAAUCAGACCUCUGUGACGGGGCUGAACAGUCGGACUCCUCAUUCCAGAUUUGUUCGUCCAAUUAAUUCCAGUAUGACCAGUUCAAAUUCCUGACUGGAAUGUGUGCCCAUUGGUUGGUUGAACUACCGUCAAAUGUUAUUGGCUGUUGUAAUUACAUGACACAUGAAAUGAGGAAAUAUGCUGUAAACUGAUUCAUAAUGUCAAUAUCGGCACAUCCUGUAAAGAAGCCUGAUCAGCCACAUUAAUCGCUGUUGGUUAAUUGAUUAGGCCCGGUUUAGUCCGCUUUAGCUGCGUUUUUAGGGCUUUCAGGGCUUAGCCACGUUCCGACUGGCUGUUUUACUCCUACGUUCCUGUUCGAACAUGUGGUGCAGAUGUGUUAAAGGCGGCCUCUGGAGUUCACUGUUAAUCACCUGCAGGUGUAACAGAUGUGUUGAAUCAAUUUCCUUCCUCGUGAAUAAUUAGCACAAAUGUCUUUUAAUAGAUUUUAAAUCCUGCUUUUGUUUAAAUCUGUGUUGACUUGCCAGCAGUCGUCUUCUUCCCUGCCUUUGCUGGCACAUCGCUGCGUUUCUUGGCACAACACCGCCGCCUGUACAUCGUGUGAAAUCUUUGGCAGGAAUCUGUGUCAACACACCAUAAAAACAUGAUCUAUAACACUGCUAGUGGUCAAAAACUCCACAGAGGCCCUUUAAGCUACUGCUGAUGCAAACUGCUGCUUCACAUUAAGAGUUUUCCACCUGCAAACCAGUGGGAGGCUUUUAUUGUGAAGGAGCAGUAGUAAAUGCAGUGCUUUGCGCAGAGUUAGUGGGGCUUUGUUUAGCAGUCGUGCUCUUCCACAGAAAUUGGUUGCUCUUUAGUCCUCGGAUCAUCUUAGCUGAUCUGCAGCCUUUGUCUUGCUUUGCCGUGUUGUGGAGAAAAGCUCUCAGUGCAGACGCCUGCAGCCCUGUUGGAACAGCAUCACUGAAAAGUCCUGUGUGGGGAUGGAUGGUUUUUAAAAAACACAUUUUUUCUGUAAAAAAAAAAAAAAAAAGCACCUUUUUCCUGAGUCACUGGUGUCAGUUGCAGUAGAGAGGAGAGUCCCAGCCUUCAGACCUGAGACCUCAUGGAAGCAGCAAAUCAAAACUUAAGAGCACAAUACAAACCUGUCUGUCCGGAGAAGGCUGGAGGUUAAAUCUUCGUCCCCUCGCUCUAACGCACCGAAGCCCAGCCCUGUCGGUGAACGUGAACUUCACCGUGCGCACUGCGCUGGUGCUGCGUUCCAGGAUUCUUGGGUCCUAAAGUUCAGAUUUUCCGGACGAUUACAUCUCGGCGGCAUUUUGAGCUGCCCGAGUGCAAAGCGGCCCCGAGCUGCUCAAAGCAUCUGAGGGGAAGCUCGCAGGGAGAAAAUGUGUAGGAACCCCGUCUGCCAUCGUGCCACCAUACCUGUGAAAUGCCUGUCAGGUUUGUUUCGAUUUAAAGAGAUGAGCGACUCCCUCCGUCUCGUCCCGCUUUCCAAGCCUCAAACUUUAUCGGGUAACACUUUAGCUUUACAGUGGCCUUAUUCCAGCUCAUUGAUCUCUGUAUUAACUGAUAGAAAUGUACAGCAAAUACAUAUUUAUAAAGUGUGAUUAGUUACUGGAAAUCUAAUAUUCACCAUACAAGUAGAGUUUCCUCAAACACUGGCAGCAUUAACAUGUUGAAAAGGCUUUAAUGCACAGGUUGAAGCAUCAGAAUAAGGUCACUGUAAAAUGUGGAUUCCCCCUCCUCCUUUCUUUCUGUCUCUCUUUGUAUAGCGGCAUUAUAUAUACUGAGGAAGUAGUUUGUUAAUAUGUAUAAUUUAGCGGUCGCUGUUUUUUUGUAAAUAAUGAGAAAGUAUUGUGAAUGACAUUUGUUGAAUGGUUUUAAAAAUCAUUUAUUGCAAACCUCUCCAGGCUUUUAUAAAUGUGACUGCAAUACAUAGCAUAUUUUGUAUGUAAGACAGCAGUGUAAAGAUGAACAAGCAUUACUAGAAGCUGAUGAAACUACGUGUAAAACUUGAGGAUAAUAGCUUACUGAACUUGUAAUUACUGAUGUACAUAAAAGAAUGACAGAACAUUUUUGUCUAUUAUUAAAUGUGAAAAUCCA